CGUCGCUGCGGGACUUCUACACUCGCGCUGCCGCCCGGCCGCGACCCGUGGUUCCGGUGGUGGCGCUGGCUGGCGGGCUGGCUGAUGUGCAGGUGGCGACGGCAUUAACGGACCCCUCAGCUCUGGCACCUGAGGGCUUCACUCGCAGCCUGGCGCUGCCGCAGCUGCCGGGCGGCUGGUGUCCCGCGGGUCACUCGGCGCUCACCAGCUGCAACCAGGCCAUGCUGCCGCUGGGGCGGGCGCUGGUGGAGCUGGCCCAGGACGCCGUACCAAGCCUACUAGCAGCACGCAAGCAAGUCACUUCCCCUCCACCCAAGGCCGCGGCAACGGCGACGCCUUCACCAGCGACUCCGGACUCCCCAUCAAUCGCCGCCGACCCAGCUGCGCUCAUGCGGGAGGCCCACAGGCCCGAUUCGUACGGCAGUGACGGCAGCGGCGGCAUGAGCGGCGGCGGCAAUGGGUCGCUGUUGCCCUGGGAUUGGGCGCUACGACGUGUAGAGCGGCGGCUGUCGCACCCCGCACAAGGCUACCUGGCAGCGGCGAUCCUGGCGACAGCUGCCGCACCUGGGGCGGAGCCCACCGGGGAGGUGAAGGCGG